UGCAAUGAAUUUAAGUUGAUCAUUAACUACUAGCAAACUCAGGGGAUGUAUAUGUGUCAAGUCAAAACAGAGCAAAGCUUCACCUUAACUCUCACACUUAUAGAACACAAAGAGGAUUAUCUUUGUUGCAAGUGUGGCUUACUGGCUGUGAUGGAAAACCUUUUUCUGCAGCCUACCAGUACAACUACUCUACUGGUAACUGCUGGGAUCCUCCUUGUCUUGUAUGUAUUUUUUCACAACUUUGAUCGGAAGAGAAAGGAGCUUCCAGGUCCGAGACCACUGCCCCUGUUUGGCAAUUUCUUUCAGCUAAAUCAUAAGUCAUUUCACAGUACACUUUAUGAGCUUUCGAAGAAAUAUGGAUCAGUGUUCACGGUGUACCUUGGACCCCAGAAAGUGGUGGUUCUGGCUGGAUACAAGACCGUGAAGGAGGCAUUGGUUAACUAUGCUGUGGAGUUUGGAGAGAGACUUAUCAGUUCUGCCAUCCAUGACUUAAGUGGAAAUGGAAUCAUUUUUGCCAACGGGGAAUCAUGGAAAGAAAUGAGGCUUUUUGCUCUGAGCAACCUGAGAGACUUUGGGAUGGGCAAAAAAGCAGCAGAGGUCGACGGGUUUGAAAGACAUGAAGGUCAACCAUUCAGUACUGCCCAGUCAAUAAUCGAUGCAGUCUCUAACAUCAUCUCCUCGAUUGUCCAUGGCAGCAGAUUUGAAUACAGUGAUGAAGAGUUUAAACUCAUGGUAUCCCGAAACAAUGACAACUUCAAACUUUCAGGUUCUCCUUCAGUACAGUUGUUCGAUAUGUUCCCGUGGAUAUUUCAAUGGGCGAGAAACAGGAUGCGUUUUAAGAGAAACGUUGCUGAAAACCGAAAACAGAUAAAACGGCUGAUCGGACGUCUACAAGAAACCUUGAAUGUUGAGAUGUGCAGAGGAUUUGUGGACUCGUUCCUAGCACACAAACGGAAGCUUGAGGAGUCAGGGAUUACAGACUCCUACUAUAACAUGGAGAACCUGGUGUCGACAGCUGGCAACCUCUUUGCGGCUGGUUCUGAUACGACAUCAAAUGUGCUGAGAUGGGGACUGUUGCUCAUGGCCAAAUAUCCUCAGAUUCAAGACCAGGUGCAGGAGGAGCUGAGCAGGGUGGUUGGAAGCCGUCAGGUCCGAGUGGAGGACAGGAAGAACCUGCCGUACACUGAUGCUGUUAUUCAUGAGACACAGAGAGUGGCCAACACUUUCCCCCUCUCCCUGCCUCACAAAACCAGCAGAGAUGUCAACUUCCAGGGCUUCUUAAUCAAAGAGGGGACUACCGUGUUUCCUCUUCUUACGUCUGUCCUCUGUGAUGAGAGUGAAUGGGAGAGCCCAAACUCUUUUAACCCUUCCCACUUCCUGGAUACGGAGGGUAAAUUUAUCAGGAGAGCUGCCUUCAUCCCCUUCUCUGCAGGACGCAGGGCGUGUCCUGGAGAAGGUCUGGCCAAGAUGGAGCUCUUCCUCUUCUUCACUUCCCUCGUACAGCGCUUCCGUUUCACUCCUCCACCUGGAGUGAAAGAGGAGGAUCUGGAUCUAACUCCAGCAGUGGGCUUCAGCCUCUCACCUUCACCUCAUGAGCUGUGUGCCAUCAGUCGUGAAGGUUCAGUUCUGAAUGAGCAGAUAAUUAAUUAAAUGAGAUAAAUUCACUACCCUUCCACAUUUGGCUAAUUUACAGCUGCACCAAUACAACUUCUAGA